AUGAUAUAUACGUCUGGCAAUAUAGAUCUAAUUCUGAGGGCCUUCGCGAAAACAGCCGCGGUGAUUGAAAAGACCGUACAGGACGUCACCGGACCCAAAGCCCUCCAGGACUAUGAGCUUCUUGACCAGAUCGGCUCCGCUGGACCAGGCCUCGCUUGGAAGCUAUACUCCGCUAAGGCUCGUGGCGGGUCCACCCUCCUUUCUCACCAGUAUCCUACAGUCUGCGUUUGGGUUCUUGACAAGCGCGCUUUAUCGGAGGCUCGGGUACGCGUGGGGCUUUCCAGAGCAGCCGAAGACUCCUUCUUCGAGAUCAUCAGAGCUGAUGCGUCCAGAUUAGUUAGAUUGAGGCACCCAGGAGUGGUUCAUGUGAUCCAAGCCCUAGACGAGAACAAAAAUGCCAUGGCAAUGGUUACUGAGCCUUUAUUUGCUUCUGUAGCCAACGCCCUUGGUAUAUUGGAUAACAUAUCCAAAGUGCCAAAGGAACUUCAAGGGAUGGAAAUGGGUUUGUUGGAGGUAAAGCAUGGUUUACUUCAGGUAGCAGAAUGUUUGGACUUUCUUCACAAUAAUGCCUGCCUCAUUCAUCGUGCCAUAUCCCCUGAGACUGUGCUCAUCAACUCAAGUGGAGCUUGGAAGCUUGGUGGAUUCAGUUUUUCAAUAUCAGCAGACCUUUCAUCUACAGAUUCAUCUACUGUGCAGCCCUUCCAUUAUGCGGAAUAUGAUGUUGAAGAUUCAGUACUGCCUCUUCAACCAUCACUGAACUACACUGCUCCAGAACUAGUCAGGCCCAAGGCACCUUCAUUCGGAUGCUCUUCUGAUAUUUUUAGCUUUGGAUGCCUCGCUUACCAUUUGAUUGCUAAAAAGCCUUUAUUCGACUGCCACAAUAACGUGAAAAUGUACAUGAAUAAUCUGACAUACUUAUCCAGUGAAGCCUUUUCAUCCAUUCCUCACGAACUAGUUACUGACUUGAAAAGAAUGCUUUCAGCAAACGAGGCUCUAAGACCCUCAGCUUUGGAUUUUACAGGUUCUCCAUUUUUCCGUGAUGACACUAGGUUGCGAGCACUUCGCUUCCUGGACCACAUGCUUGCAAGAGAUAAUGUACAGAAGUCAGAGUUUCUAAAAGCACUAUUGGACAUGUGGAAAGAUUUCGAUGCUCGUGUUUUACGGUACAAGGUUCUUCCGCCUCUCUGUGCAGAGCUUCGGAAUAUGGUGAUGCAACCGAUGAUUCUGCCCAUGGUUUUAAUGAUAGCUGAGUCUCAGGAUAAAGUUGAUUUUGAGACAUCAACACUGCCUGCUCUUGUGCCCGUCCUAACAACUGCUGCAGGUGAGACGCUACUGCUACUUGUGAAGCAUGCAGAGCUAAUUUUCAACAAGGCUAGUCAGGAGCACUUGGUUUCUCAUGUGUUGCCCAUGCUUGUGCGAGCCUAUGAUGAUAUUGAUGCUCGGAUGCAAGAGGAAGUGCUCAAAAAAACUGUCUCCCUUGCUACAAAACUUGAUCCUCAGCUGGUGAAACAAUCAAUUUUGCCUCGUGUUCAUGGAUUGGCACUAAAGACGACAGUUGCUGCGGUGAGAGUGAAUGCCUUGUUAUGUUUAGGUGAUAUGGUUGUGCUACUUGAUAAGCCAGCUAUCUUGGAGAUCCUGCAAACAAUUCAACGUUGCACGGCUGUUGAUCGUUCUGCUCCAACUCUCAUGUGUACCCUUGGGGUAGCAAAUUCCAUUUUGAAACAGCAUGGAGUGGACUUUGUAGUUGAGCAUGUUCUUCCCUUAGUCGUGCCUCUUGUCCUUGCACAACAAUUGAACGUUCAACAGUUUGCAAAGUACAUGUCCUUUGUCAAGGGUGUUCUCAGGAAAGUUGAAGAAAAAAAGGGAGUAACAAUGAAUGAUAGUGGAGUUGAUUUGAAGUCGCUUCCUGUUAUACCUACUACUACUACUAGUACUGGUGAUGGGGGUUUGAAGAAAAACAUUCCAACUGCUUCAUCCUCCUCCUCGUUAAGUAAUGCAUCAUCUAGAUGGGAUGAAGAUUGGGUGACAACAACAACAACAAGAGGAUCCUCAAUGGAACCUAAACCUUUAAGUCAGCCUCCCAAACAUGAUGUCCAAUUCCCCAUGAUCAUGUCUACUCAUCAGCAGAAGCAAACACAAACACAAACACAAACAUCAUGUCCUCCAGCAGUUGAAUUCGAGUGGCCCCAUCAAGAGAAAUCGAAUACCUCCUCAAGUGCAAGCUUUGAUGAUUUAGAUCCAUUUGCAAACUGGCUUACACAGCCUACCACUAAUCAUUCUUUGCCUCCUCCUGCUACGAAUGGUGUUGGUGGUCUAUUUUUAACAGGUACAGAAAAUCAAGUAAAUAAUAAUUAUAAUACCAACUGGGGCAACAACAUGGACAGCAGUCCUCCUAAUGGGGGUUUCCCAAGAUACCAUCAGCAGGGUGAUACAUCAUCAUCAUCAACAACUUCUGGUCCCAAGGCCUCGGAUCUUGGCUCCAUAUUUGCUUCAAGCAAGACCCCUCAGGCACUAAGACUUGCUCCACCUCCCCUGAAUGCUGUUGGUAGAGGUAGAGGAGGAGGAGCUCAAGGGCAAACCCGUCCAUCCCGUGCAAAACCAUCAUCUGAGCAGCCUCCAUUACUGGAUCUCCUCUAGUUGAGUCAGCAUGUUCAUAUAUUUUGUGAUUGGAUCAACACCUACCCCAUGUUUUCAACCUUUCCUUCAAUAGUUUGGCAUACCUUUUGUAGCGGUAUUUUUUUUUUUUUUU